AUGAAGCUGAUGAAUCUUGCCAAAUCAGACGCCUUUGUACUUCAGCAGUCUAAGCUCCGAAGCUAUCCUGAAGCACCUAAUCGGGAUAUAAACAGCAUCAGAAACUGGCACUACAACCAUGACUAUGUUGCAAUAGCACGCGAAGAACAAGAAUACCUGGAACACGACAAGGACCUCAUCUGCAUGGUCCAGAAAGACAAGACGCCUUUGCGCCGCCUCAUCGGCUCUUCUUUAACCAUCCGGACGUUGCCAAUCUGGAGGCACAAGGACAAGACGGCGCCGAACUAUGACGCCGAACACGUCUUCUACUACUCGGAUAGUCGCAUGGACACGUUUGCCUCUGCCGUGAUUGCCGUGAUUGGUGUCGUUAUGCUCAUCACGCCCAUCUGGGUCCUCCAGGCCAUGAAUGGGUUGCGGGCCAAGCUCGUAGUCAUCACGGUGUUUGUGCUCAUAUUCCUUCUGGUAUUGUCGUUUGCAAUAGCUUCGAAGCCAUUUGAGGCUCUGGGGGCGACUGCGGCGUACGCGGCAGUGUUGAUGGUGUUCACCCAACUGGGAGCCCCGGAUCGAUGA